AACUGUUCAAGAAAGACAAAGCUCUUUUUUAUAAACACAUACACACACACGAGCAACAACAACAACAACAACAACAGCGACAAACGCCUCCGAUUACUUGCUACUACCACUGCAAUAUACGUUCAAUGGAAGCCAACGGUUCAGUCAAUUCAAGUGAUGGUAUCGAAGACGAUACCUCCACUCGCCCUGAUUCCUCUCGACUUUCAUUGGGCUCCUCACCUUCCGAAUUAUCAGAGGAAGAGGAUGAUACUAAUCCUGUUGGUAAUCCUGACGACGAUUUCCCAUUGGACGAUGGUGACGGAUCACUGACACCGACCGAUAAGAUCAUUAUGGAAGACGACGACGACGAACAAAACGGACAAGUAGAGUUUGACGAUGACGACGGGCUUUUUGAGGACAGCUCGGAUACUUUAAGCAACGCGCCUAUGGAUAUAGACGAACGCGAGGAAGAUGAUGGUGGCGACGGCGACGACGACGACGACGAAGAGCCGUUUUCUUCUCUAUCAUCUGUACCUGUACCUCUUUCACCAGAACCUCAUGGUGAUAAUCUCCGGCAACGAUUGUAUGAUGAUGAUGAUGACGACGACGAAGAGCAACAAGUGGAAGAGGAAGAAGAAGAAGAAGAAGAGGAACAACGGCGGGAGAUCAAAAAGGAAAAAGAAUCGUCAUCAUCACUAUCACCACAACAACGACGACGACGAAAACAGUUAGAAAAGGAAGUGCACGAAUCCGAAAAACAAGAAGAAACGCCACUUUCACCACCACCAACAAUCAACGAAAAAGAAGAAGGUGUCGACGAUGAUGAUGAAGAACGAGUGAAGGAGGAAAAUAAUCAAGUAACAAAACCAAUUUCAGCAGCGCCACCAACAACUGCACCAACACCACUGUUCACACGAAGAGAGAAGAGGAACAAAAAGAAGGAAAAGAAAAACUACGGUAGUAGUGGUGGUUUUGGUGGCGAAGAAAACUCGUCACCGUCGUCGUCGUCGUCCUCUUCCUCUUUAUCAAACAACGAAACCCAUUCUACCACCGCCAAAGAAAACGAAAAGCCGCCAGUAAAUUCUGGCAAAAAGCGACGAGGAUCAGUGGCUUUGGAACAAGAAGAAUGGCAGCAGCGACGAACGAGCAAAUUGUUGGAGAACAAGGAGGCCAUGGCCGGGCUUGCCAAUGUCCAUGAAAAUGCAGACCAGCAACAACAAUCACCGUCUUCCUUGGAAUCACCUACAACGAGAUCAGCAGGAACAGCAGGAGCCAAUGACGAAAAGAACCACGGUGAAACUGAAGUAGCUGAAGCGGUAGUAGCAGCAGUAACAACAACAACACCAACAAGCAGUGGAGAGGAACGUGAAGAAGAAACGUCAAGCAUGAUCGCUCAAGUAUCUAUCAAUGGCCAAAAGGAAGACGAUGAGGACCGUGACAGUAAAAGACAGGAGCAGGGACGACUGGAGGAUGGUCAACGACAACAAACACCCCAGCCAGAGGAGGAUGAAAGGCUGGCUAACAGAAAUGAAGGUGGCGACGACGUAGUAUAUCAAGAGCGACACAAAGAGGCACUUGAUGCGUUGACCCAUAUCGAGGUUCAAUUUGCCAAACUGAGGGACAAAAUGUACAAAGAAAAGAUGACCGAGUUAAACGAAGAAGCAUUAAUGAUUGCAAGAGGAACACAUCCCGAGCUGGUCACCAUGAUGGAAACUAUUGAAAAGAAAAAGAACAAGCGGAUCCAGACGGCAGAGGCAUGGCGGAAGCACAAACGAAUCAGCUAUCAACAACAGUUUGAAGGGCUGGAAUACCAAGCAAACAUUGAUUACGUCUCUGGAAAGAACGCUUUAAGGAGGGAUAUAUUGGGAUCGCUGAAUCGGAAACGAUGGGACCUGGACAACGAACGCGACAAGUUAAAUGAACCACUUACUGAUGCGGAUCGAGUGCCGGACCCGAAUACGCUGUUCAAACGAAAACGGAUGCAGUCAGAAGAAUCGCGAGAUUUACAGAGAAUCACUCAGAGUGUAGGCUUCCCUGUGGCUCCACGGACUACUGGCAUAGCACCCAACUCGAUUGAAGAGGACCUGGUUGCAUUAGGAGUAAGCUCAUAAAACAACCCCCCCCCCACUUACUUUUACUCUCACAUAAAAGCUCAUACCCCCACAUUCUCCUCGCCUUCCCAUCAUCCCUCCGAUGUAAAAAGAAAAAAAAAACAAUUAGCAUAUUCACGUGACAACUUCUUUUUUUUUUCUUAUUCUUUGUUGUAUCUCUUGUGU